AUGUCUCAGAGUCCUUCCUCAAAGAAAUCUUCUCCUAUCUCUGAAACAGCAUCAGGCUCUAGGGCACCAAAUGUUGUGAGCGAUCAAGAUGUUGUGCUGGAUGUUGUGCCUUUGAACACUGUUCCUCCUUCCGAUUCUGCUCGCAGUCAACCAAGAAAGAUGUAUGCAAGAAAAUCAACCGGAGGAUCUGUCCCAGACACGUUUUCUGUCCAGGCCCAAAUGCCUGCUUCCGAUGUUGAUCAAGGUGUGCAAGAUGAUGAGACCCCUGUUGCUAAAGAUGUUGAGACAGCUGUUGAUAAUGAUGAGACAUCUGCAGAGAAAAAUGAUGAGAUUCCUGUUACUAAAGAUGUUGAGACAUCUUGGAAGUUUGUGUAUCAAAGAAGGCUAGCCCUUGAAAGAGAGUUAGCAAAUGAUGCUCUGGAGAAUCAAGAGGUAAUGCAGCUCAUCAAAACUGCAGGUAGAAAUGCUGAAGCUCAACCUGAGCUUGAAGUAACUGAUAAUGAGGUCUGCAACACCAUCACUGGGGGUAAGGUUAAAAAGUGGCCCAUCAAAAGUAAACUAUCUGCUAGUCUCUUGACUGUUAAGUAUGCUCUGCUGCAUAAAAUUGGCUCUGCCAACUGGGUGCCCACAAAUCACACCUCUACCAUUGCUGUUGGCUUAGGUAGAUUCAUUUAUGCUAUAGGGACCAAGACUGUGUUUGACUAUGGGACCUAUAUUUUUGACCAGACUAUGAGACAUGCAGGUACCUCUGCCACUAAGCUCCCUAUUGCCUUUCCAUCCCUAAUAUGUGGAAUCAUCCUGAAGCAAUACCCUGGCAUCUUGAAAGCUAAAGAUUCUUCUGCUGAUAGUGAUGAUGAUCAUGCUGCUGGUGGUGAUGGUGAGAAGAUGGAUGCUGAUAUGGAUGCUGAUAGUAAGGAUGAAUAUAAGUCUAGUAGUUCCAGUGAUGAAGAGAUGAGUGCUGCUGUUGCCGUCAGAGGUUUUUGA